GCGCGCAAUCGUGCGGCCGUUGGCAAUCUAUGGGUCUAUGGUCCGUAAUCGGUCGAGCUGUUAUGAUCGCCUUGGGGCUGUGCGCGUCGCCACACCAUCAUCAUAUGCCCGAGCGAGUUUCCUGGAGUGAAGCAGCGGUGGCACGAUGAUUCUCUCGUUGCUCAAGCUGCCGCUCGUCGUGUUCAGCAGCGUCAGGCAGUUCAUCUCGCAGACGUUUUUCGUAGCCGUGUUGUUCUCGGUGAUAACGUGGACUUCGAUACUCUUGUACGGCGUCUUCUACUGGAACUACAUUCCCAAAUCGUCGCACGUCUUUCCGGUGCACCUGCACUUCGAGUCGACAGCAUGUCCCGCAGGCUUUUGCGACUUCCUAAUGGCAAACGUUACCAUCGUGAGGCCGGGGCAAGACGAAUACCUGGCCAGGGGUCAGCGUUACAAGAUCUAUCUAGAUCUUGAGAUGCCAGAGUCCGAGGCUAAUCAAAGAAUUGGUAUGUUCACAGUCGGACUUGACAUGAUCAGUGAAGAUGGUGAAGUGUUGAAGUCUACGCACAGAUCGGGUGUUCUACGGUACAAGUCGAUGCUUGUCAAACUUUUUGCAACGUUGACUUACAUUCCAAUGCUCCUCUUCGGUUCCGCGGAGGAGAAACAGACAGUAUCGCUCCUGCUGUUUGAGAAAUACGUGGAAGACUACGCAAAGCCAGCCACGCAGGCAGGCCUGGUGAUCCGAAAUAGCCACAUUGAGGUCUACUCGGCAACACUGAAAGUAUAUGCAGAUUUCACUGGGUUAAGGUACAUCCUCUACAACUGGCCACUCACAUCGGCCGUCGUGGGCAUAUCGACCAACUUCUUUUUCGUGAGCCUGGUGGCGCUGCUGUCCUGGAACCACCUGACUCCAGCCAAGCCAAAGCCGCGCCGCCCCUUGGCAGAGAGGAAGAAGCACCCCAGCAGUGAGAAGGCGCAGCUGGAAGAUGCCGAGGAGUCGGAAGACGAUACUUCCAGCGACAUCAGCAGCAGCCAGCCUGAUCUUGUCAAGGAAACGAGGGAUGCCAAGAUCAGGAAAAGGAAAGAGCUUGACGAGAAGACUGGGGAAACGCUGAGGCAACUCUUCAGAGCUACUACACGCGAAAGCAGUGCUAGCCUUCCUUCACUGGGUGGUGACCAAGAGGCAAGCAGCAGCACCAUGGAGCAGACGACGUGAGGCAGGAAACGCCGAUGCCAACAGUUUCACAGGCCGCUCAGAUUGUCCCGGGUCUGUACGUCGGCUGUGAUAGCCCCUGGUCAGUUGUACGGUCUCUGUGCAGGUACUGUCUCUUACGUUAUUUGUGAUAGCGUUGGCAGAUUCUGGAUCUUGUUGUUCUGUACCGUGGAACAGGCGUGCCUUUUGUUGCUAUAUAUAGUUCCUUUCGUGUAAAAAUAUAACAGACCUCCCUGUGGUAUGGAUCCCCAUUUUCGCAUCACCUAGCAAAAAUGUUGUUUCUAGUUGUAGAACAUCCUUCGGGGAUAUAAUAUAAUAAAGCACUGGACUAAAGGAAGGCAGAACGGAUGACACAGGUGCCACUAACCAUUGUGAAUGAACAGCUAAGCUGGUUCAUCAUUCACACCUAUUCAAUUUUAUGCCUUCUGCAACAAUUGUGGGCUGUUGACAGUGGACAAGUGCUGCCUAAUUGUCGUUUUACUUAACAAGAUUGUGCAUGCUUUGUACGCAAUUUUUGUUUGUCUGCUCCCUCCGUCGUUGCAGGUUUCAGAGAGUAUCGGGGGAAUAUUUCCAAUAAACAUUCGCAGUUGUUAGUAGCGCUUGUUCAAUUCGCCUCGCCUUUCUUUGGUCUUAUGCUUUGCACUUCACACUGACAAACAUGCUUCACCAACUAGUCCAAAAGAAUACUAUUCUAAACUAGAAUUAACGCUAACUGUUCCAUUAAGUGAUGCCCGACCGCGGUUUGAAAAAUACCAGGGUGUCUGCUACUUUUGCCCGCGACAGUGCAUUGGGAAGUCGCUCUCUGUGCAAACUCCUUUGCCAUGAUGUACGAGAUUUGGUAGAACAAUUUUUCAGAGCACCUCUCAAUCCUGCAGCACCUUGUGCCUGUCAUGUAUGUGCGAGCAACUAGGUCAUCCCUUUUUGGGGACAAUGUCUGCCACAAUUUUUUAGUUGUUUUGUUUUUAGUAUUGCCUCUGCAGAUGAGCUCAAGUUGUUCUUCUGUGUUUCUUCUGUUAGCAAAGACUACCAGAAAUUUUAAGCAUUGUUACAAUUUCCAUGUUACUACAUUUAUGUAUGAGUUCAGGCAUGCUUGUCAGUAUAACAUGUACAGUACAAGGCGGGUUGACGGGGCACCAGGAUAUCAUAUUCUCUGGGACAUUCGCCCUAGUACUCCUCCACUCAGUGCAGUGCCUCAACUCCAGGAAAAUGGUGUCAGUGUUAGUACACAAUUGAAGCACUUACCGCACUGCUGGUUACUCCAGAAACAUAUUUUUUACUAUCAACCACUUUCAAUUAAAAUUCUUCAAUGUUAAAGUCUGGGGUUUUACAUGUCUAAAUUUCUAUCUAAUUACUAGGCGUGCCGUAGUGGGGGACUCCCGAAUAAUUUUGACCACCUGGGGUUCACGAACAUUCUUUAACGGUUCAACGUUUUUUAGAAAUCUAAGUACACAAGUGUUUCUGCGUUUGACCCCCAUCGAAACGUAGUCGUCGCAGCCAGGAUUGAACCUGCAACCUUGAACUCGGCAACGCAAUAUCGCCACUUUCGGUGCCCGUGCUAGAACAUGUUGAAGCGGUAGGCACGUUUCUCAAGCGGCUGUUUGUUGCAGAUUUCGCCUGGGAACAUCACUGCUCAGUAAUGAGUGCUUCAUUCAAGGGACAGUACUGCUUUUUUUCAGGCGAUGUCUUGAGUGACAAACUUCGGGUUAGUCUAAAUUGUUCAGUUGCCCUUUGGAAAACCUGUCGUUUGUUAUAUGCCAAGAGAGGACUUAUAGUUGCGCAGGCAAUUAGAACUUCAGGGUCUGAGAUAGCCCAUAAUGAAUGGAGUCUCUUGCAUAGCUGUGCUGGAGGUCCUGGAGGCCUUUUAGUAUUGGCUACGUUAAUUUGCAGCUCUAUAUAGAGAGGGCGACACCAGUGCUGGCACUAGAGCAUUUUUCUAAAACUCUAUCUUGCUUUGAUAUCUGCCUUUGGGUCCCUUUUAAGAACACAAAGAUCAAGAACACCGCUGUAUCAUAUGUUCACAAAUAGAUUCUACGGGAAGCUGCUCUCCAGAGCGUCACAGCAGUUGGUACAGUUUCUGGGUAUGCUGUGAUGGUGAUGGCCCACUAAAUGCUUCGGUGAUGUUGACGUAUUAGGUUCUGUAAGCUGUUGCAAACGAAGCUAAUUCUUGCAAUUUUUGUGAAUGGUCUACAAUUUGGUCCCACAAUUCAUUUUAGACUUCCAUCAUAAUACAGACAAGGCCCCUCCAUUUUGGAAAAUUGUGUACCCGCAGAUUACAGUCGGGCUCCCGUUAACUCGACCAUGGCUAAUUAGGUUUGUCUCUUAAAUUUGGACGCACUGGAAAGUUUCAGCGAGCAAUAAUGCAUUGCUACAAAAGAAAAACUCGUUAGUUUGAACGUGAAAGCAUGCUGUUUGGUUAAUUCGACCCCGACAGACUCGUAACAGCGCCUUCUCAUGUGCGCAGUUGUUGCCAAAACCUUGAAUACACAAAAAAUUCAGCAGACGGCACUACUGCUUUUGUUUCUUUUUAGGAUGUUGUCAGUGCCAACAACAGUGUAGCGGUAUGUGGGCCACUCACCGACGAUGACAGUGUCAGCAACGUGACAGUCCAACAUUGAGGCAGUGUUAAAACAUGCUGGUGCUCUUUGCUGCAUGCUGGUUGAGUCGUGCUUCAAGAGAAAGAACCAGAGCUACUUCAAGCAGUAAAAAAAAAAUUGAAUCUGUUCAUUCUGCCGUUGUUUGUCAAUUGGAAUCAUUCGAGCAGAUUAUGCGGUUUCGCAAGGGUCGAAUUAACGGCUGUAGACUGGAAUUAAUGGGUGUAGACAGUGUUUUGAAACUUACAUUUGGGUCAGAAGCGUGAAAGGUUGUUUACAGUACUUUGUACACUACUACUCGCUCACAGGGGUGUCUGCACCGGUGUGCCAAUAUUAUUAUAAACCUUACCUUGGCAUAUGUAUAGUAUUUAUCAAUUUUUAAUACAUGUAUGUGAGUGUACACUAUCGUUAUGAUUGCAAAUUAUAUUAGAGUUUAUUCAUGACUGUAUAGCAGUAUUAUUGCUCCAAGUGUACUCUGCGUUAGCUCAAGAUCAACAAUAUUGCCAAAGGUUGCGCAGAAAGUCCUGCCUUCUGUGGUAUAAAAUUUGAUAUUACAGAUGUCGUGUGUUUUGUAAUGCUUGUUUGCAAUGUGUAUAGGUCAACUGUCACAUCAUCUUUUUUGGCAUCUUUUUUUGGUAUCAGUGGUGCCUCAUUUAUUGACAUGGUAGAAAGUCCGGCACUACCAUCUGUAAGGUGCAGUUGGUGUAAAAAAAAUUACAAACUGUGUGAUAUGAAAGAAAUCUAGAAUUUAUUUGCACUUUGUGACCAUGGCCCGUAAAAUUGUACAACACAAAGUUUUUGAAUGAACUGUAGUUAGUAUUUGCUGAAAGACUGCCAUCAUCAAUGCAUCUUUAGACUAGUAGAGGCUGCAGAUUGAAUAACAGGCUUUGGAAAUAUAUUCACCUCUUGCAUCCCCCGGUCUGGUAACUUUUGACGCUGACUGUACCUACUGUAUGCUGUCAGCAGUGUGCAGUAAUGUACACGAUGACCAUAACUUCAUUUGUUUCUGGUCAACACCUGAUGCAACUAUUUUCAUACUUUUAAUACUGACGGAUGAAUACUUGAUUGCAGUGGGAUUAUGCAAUUCAAACAGUGCUCGUCCAUUGCCAUUUUUCUUCACAUACGCUAACACAGUAGGUAUGUGCGCGAACUAGUGUGUUUGCGUUUAGUUGAAUUACAGGUGCCCACAAAGCUUCUCGGGACAUGCCAGCUGUAAAAAAGUUGUAAUUGGCUCGAAGCCUAAAUGUGCACCCACACUUGUCAGUGCAGCUGUCAACUCCACGAUGCCUGCAUUCUUUUCCUUUUUUUUCACAGCUCGUGCAUACUACUAAAGAGCCCUGUGGGUACAUGUGCAUGUUAGCAUGGAUGAGCCCCGUCAACCUUUAAUAGAAAACAACUUAAGGUUGACCCUAGUGUCUUCCAUAAGGUGCAGUCAGGUGAAAGCCUUAUUUUGUCAUAUGUGUACUUUAUGCUCUACGGUAUGGCCCGACAUAUCGGGGACUGUGUUGUUAGCAGAUAACCUGGCGACUUCUCUCAAAAUUUGAGAUCAAGCAUUGCCUUGUCAGUGUCUGCUAAGCAUUUCCCGUUUACUCAAGUUUUUCACUUGUAUUUCUUUUUGUCCAUGUCUCCUUUUACAUGCAUCAUGCAUUCCACGUUUGUUAAGCACUAAAAAGCAACUAAGCUGUUCCUUAGUGCUUAAAAGAAAUGUUUGAUUUGCUUGAUGUAGAAUUAACAGUAUGGUGGUUUUGUAAGAAGACAAAGUUUGCAUCUCCAGUUUGCAUUGUAUAACACUAAUGGUAUGUUUCAAAGCUCUGUUACCAGGCCGAACAAAAUUAUGCACAAUGAGUAAAUUGUUUCUCAUGAUAUUCAAAUGCCCAAGAAACAUGGGCAUCCUUUCGCAGUUUGGACAUGUAUCAUAGCAUGUAUAGGCCAACUUGCAAUUAAAAUUUUCUUUGUUCCUGA